CUCUCUCUCUCCUGUUCUAAUCUCUGAAAUCUUGGAGCUGAAUUUUUCGAGAAAAGAAAAUAAAAGAAAAGAAAGGAAAGGAAAAGAAUCUGUUUUUUCCGUACAUUGUUCGAAGCGGAUCAGUUCUGAGAAUCUCAUUUUCCUUCUCUCCGGCAAAUUUUUCUUUUUUCUCGAAUCCUCCGAUCUCGGAGCUCCUAGCGGUUUAUGUCGCUUAAGGUUUCGUCAUGAACAUCAACUCCCAGCCACACACAAGUGAAAAUGGAACGUAUGAUGAAAAUGCUGGAAUAGAGGAAAAGUUUGGCAACAUGUCUCAGGGUUAUCAAAUAUCAUCUCUGGUGGAGUGGUUAGAUGACAUGCUUCCUCAUCUGAGGUUGUCACCGGAAGCAUCAAGGGAGGAGAUAAGGGUGUCCUUGAUUGAUGGCACUGUUUUGUGCAGUAUUUUGAAUAAACUAUGUCCUGGUUCGGUAGAAAUGGUUGCCAGCUCUGGUCCAGAUGCCACUAAUGUUAAAAGGUUUCUUGCUGCUAUGGAUGAAUUAGGUUUGCCUAGCUUUGAGAUUUCAGAUCUAGAGCGGGGAUCUUUGGCUCCAGUUUUGCAAUGUCUUAGUACACUCAGAGCAGCUUUUGAUUACGGUUCUGAGGAAGAGAAUGAUGAAACUCAUUCAAGAAAGAAAUGGGAUUUGUCAGAGGUAGAAUCAUUGAAGGGUAUGGAUUCUUCAGGAGUCCAAAAUGGAGGCGGAAUGCAAAGAAGUUUAACAGAUUCCUCUCCUGUUUUAUUAGAACCAUCACCUGCUUUUGUGCAAGUAAUUGGACAGAAGGUUCAUGAGGUGUUAUCAAGACAAGGGUAUCAUGCAGAUUUCUCUGAUGAUAAGAUUUUGGAAUUCAUUAACUCACAUAGUUUGGACAACACAUCCACUCAAUCUUUCUUUAAUCUGGUGAACCAGAUUUUGGAAGAUAGCAUCCAAACGAAGAAUGGGGAUCUUCCUAAUCGUGUUGCGUAUCUGUUGAGAAAAGUCAUGCAAGUGAUUGAGCAGCGAAUCUCAUAUCAAGCAAACAAAUUCAAAAAUCACAACAAUCUCUUUAAGGCUCGUGAGGAGAAGUAUCAAGCAAAACUCAGAGUUCUUGAAACCCUUGCGAUGGGGACAACUGAAGAACAUGAGGUUGUCUUGGAUCAGCUUCAGCUUAUAAAGUCUGAAAAAUUAAAGCUAGAGGAAAAGAAAAAACUUGAAGAGAAUGACGUGGAGAAAAUAACGAGAGAAAAGGAACAUCGUGAAAGUGAGAUUUCAAGACUUGAACAAGAAUUAGAAUUGACUAGAAAAAGACACGAAAGUCACUGUUUGCAGUUAGAGGAAAAUGCCAACGAGGCAAAAGUAGAGUUCGACAAAAAGUUAAAAGAUUUUGAGAGAGAAUUAAUCGAUUCAAAGAAGAAGGUGAAAGAAUUAGAAUCCUUUGCGGAAUCUAAAUCAAGGCGAUGGAAAAGGAAAGAGCGUACUUACCAAAGCUUUGUAAACUUCCAAUUUGGAGCAUUACAGGAAUUAAGAGCUGCACUAGAGUCGACAAAACAUGAAAUCUUGAAGAACAAAAGAAGUUGCUCCGAAGAAUUCAAUUACUUAGGUUUAAAGCUAAAAGGACUUGCGGAUGCUGCUGAAAAUUAUCAUGUAGUUCUUGCAGAAAAUAGAAGAUUGUACAAUGAGGUUCAGGAUUUAAAAGGUAAUAUUAGAGUGUACUGUCGCAUAAGACCAUUUCUUCCAGGGCAAAGUAAGAAACACACUGCAAUAGAAUACGUUGGAGAGAAUGGUGAUUUAGUCAUUGCAAACCCCUCCAAACAAGGAAGCCAUAGGCUCUUCAAAUUCAACAAAGUGUUUGGUUCUACAGCUACCCAAGAGGAGGUUUUCUUAGACACUCAACCAUUAAUCCGAUCUGUCCUUGAUGGAUACAAUGUAUGUAUAUUUGCAUACGGUCAAACGGGGUCAGGAAAGACCUAUACAAUGAGUGGGCCUAGCAUAUCAUCAACAGUGGACUGGGGUGUCAACUAUCGAGCACUUAAUGAUCUUUUUCAAAUCUCUCAAAGCAGGAAGAGCUCUAUUGCUUAUGAAAUUGGUGUUCAAAUGGUUGAGAUAUACAAUGAACAAGUCCGUGACCUACUCUCAAAUGAGAGUUCUCAGAAAAGACUUGGGAUUUGGAGUACUACCCAACCAAAUGGGUUAGCUGUCCCUGAUGCAAGUAUGCAUCUUGUUAAUUCAACUAAAGAUGUCUUGGAGUUGAUGAAUAUUGGAUUAAUGAAUAGGGCAGUUGGUGCAACAGCCCUGAACGAAAGGAGUAGCAGAUCCCACAGUGUUCUUACUGUCCAUGUUCGUGGCACGGACCUAAAGACUGAUACCCUUCUACGUGGUAGUUUACAUUUGGUAGAUCUUGCUGGUAGUGAGAGAGUUGAUCGAUCUGAAGCCACUGGAGAUCGACUUCGGGAGGCACAACAUAUAAAUAAGUCACUAUCAGCUCUUGGAGAUGUGAUCUUUGCUCUAGCACAAAAGAGUUCUCACGUGCCAUAUAGAAAUAGCAAAUUAACUCAAGUCCUUCAGAGCUCUUUAGGUGGUCAAGCGAAAACUCUUAUGUUUGUACAGUUGAAUCCUGAUGUAGAAUCCUACUCUGAAACUAUAAGUACUUUGAAAUUUGCGGAGAGGGUUUCUGGUGUUGAAUUAGGUGCUGCACGAAGCAACAAAGAGGGAAGAGACGUUAGAGAACUCAUGGAACAGGUGGCGUCCCUUAAGGAUGUGAUUGCGAAGAAAGAUGAGGAGAUUGACCAGUUGCUGAAGGCCAAUGGCAAUGGCGUGAAGCAUGGUAUGAGUUCACUAAGAUAUGGAUCUUCAUCUCCAAGAAGGCAAUCAAUAGGGACUCCUCGACAGAGCCAUAGGAAAGGAUCAGCACUAAGUGAAAAAGCUGCUUCUGAUAUGGACAAUUGUUCAGAAUAUAGUGAGAAACAGUCUGAAGCUGGUUCGCAGCAGUCGGUCGAUGACUUCAGAAAUCUAAAGGAAAAUUCCACUCAGUCGAGUAUGAGAAGAGAUGCAAGUCAGAAUUUAAAUGAGGACUUUGAGCUCUUGGGCUUUGGAGAUGGGGAUUCAGAGGAGAGACUGAGUGAUAUAUCUGAUGGUGGUCUUUCAAUGGGAACAGAAACCGAUGGUUCCAUAAGCAGCGUUGUGGAGUACACUCUAUUCCCUGAAGUAGCAAAACCACUGGAAAACACGAAAGCUGAUAAUGGGCAAGCUGAAAAGCGUCAAACAGACUCCAUACAAUCUAAGAAAAUCCAGACAGAGACCAGUCAAGCAGAAAGAAAACAAUCUGAGAAAACCCAGACAGAGACCAGUCAAGCAGAAAGAAAACAAUCUGAGAACACACAGAAGCUAACUCUACCAUCUAAACUCCCAAGGCCUCCUCAGAAGCUGGCGUCAAUGAAAUCAUCUCGAUUGUCAUUGUCCCGAAGUUCCUCAACCUCGAAAGUUUUGUCCAGUGCUAAGAAACCCACUGCUACUGCAGGCAGCUCCUCGGCAACGAAGUCUCUCAGAAAAUGGCAGUAACUGGCAAUUUGGAUAGCAGUAGAUUUGCUAGACCUGUUUUUAAUGCACCAUUGUUUUAGGAAGCUAAGGUAGUUUGUAUUUCCAAUUCUUCUUCUGCUGCUUUCACUUGUCUAAUAUUUGAAGAGGCAAUUGAAAACCUGUAAAAAUAUGCACUUCAAGGGUCAUAGUGUAACUUAUUUUUUAUGGGUGGUUUUAAAAGUAGUUGAAGAUCCCUGAGUGUAAGCUGCAAUUCCUUUUGGUGGGCAUUGCCACUGAUUAAGAUCAUCCACUUAUUGAUCACAAGACAUCUGAUUGAUAGUAUUACUUACCAUGUGAAUAUUGUGUCCCGCUGUUAUCAUAAUGGA